AUGAUCCGUGCGGAUUAUUAUGAACAUUACUGGAACCAGAGUUUGAAGAUACAGAUGGCCUUCGAAUGGGCAGCCAGAUAUUGUAAUUUUUCUUACCUUCUCAAAGCAGACGACGAUAUUUUCGUCAACUCUAAACGUUUACUGGAUGUCUUACAAUUGAAAUCAACGCCUAAGAAAGGCCUGUAUAUGGGUAAACUUCAUCACAAUCCGUUUCCUGCAAUUCAUCCUGAGUUUAAAUUGUGGAAAACAACGCUCCAGCACAAAACAACUUUGAUAACCAAGACUGUGUGUACACGGCACUACCCUCUCCUUAUCCUGGUCUCGUCUACACCAGCAAAUUUUGAGAGAAGAUAUUUGAUUCGUCAAACAUGGGGUGCCGAUAACAACAAUGUUCCUCAGUGGAAGACAUACUUUCUCCUUGGCCAGACAAGGGAUCAAACACAUUCAGAUUUACUCAAAAAAGAAGAUAGCGUCUAUGGCGACAUGAUCCGUGCGGAUUAUUAUGAACAUUACUGGAACCAGAGUUUGAAGAUACAGAUGGCCUUCGAAUGGGCAGCCAGAUAUUGUAAUUUUUCUUACCUUCUCAAAGCAGACGACGAUAUUUUCGUCAACUCUAAACGUUUACUGGAUGUCUUACAAUUGAAAUCAACGCCUAAGAAAAGCCUUUAUAUGGGUAAACUUCAUCACAAUCCGUUUGUACAGCGAGACGGAAAAUGGCGUGUCAGUUAUGAAGAAUACAGAGAAACACAACAUCCAGAUUUCUGUAGUGGUGCUGGCUUUGUUAUGUCAUAUGAUGUAGUCAAGAGUGUGGUUCCUUUAUUUGAUGUGAUUAAGCCGUAUAGACUAGACGAUGUAUAUGUUGGAAUGCUUGCAGAAAAACUCGGUGUAAGAGCAGUGAACCAUGGAGGGUUUGUUAUGCCAGAUAUUGAGAUUCUUCGUGAUGAAUGUAAUUUUGUUCCGAACACUCUUGUACAGCAUCGAGCUAUCGGAGAAUGUUUAAUUACAUUGUUUAAGAUUCACAAUGGCUCUUCAGAGUUAUAA